GCUUUAACACAGUUGUUCUUAGCUAAUUUUGCUUCCACUUUCCUUGACUUCCCUUGCUAUAUAAGAACCCUACACUUCUCAUCUAAUCCAAAUCCAAAUCCACAUUAUCUGCUAAACAGAACUUGAACUUCAGCAUUUGCAUUCAUAAUUAUUUAUCUAAUUAGCCAUGCUUUUCCCUUCUGAAUACGCGGAAAUCCAGUCCCUGAAUCAAGACCAUCCCUCCCCUUUUGUCAAUAAUUUCGCGGUAUCGAUGCAAGAAGCCUGCAUGCCAUCAGUCCUCCAAUACAACACAUUCUUGACCAACUUACCAAACUUUCAGGCCAAUGUUCCUGUUCAUGACUUCUCCUCAUGUGUCAGCAAUAACUCGACGUCAGAUGAAGGGGAUGAUCAGCUGCACACCAACAUGAUCAUCGACGAGAGAAAGCAGAGGAGGAUGAUUUCCAACAGAGAAUCUGCUAGACGAUCCAGGAUGCGCAAGCAGAAGCAUCUUGAUGAGCUGUGGUCUCAGGUGGUUCGUCUGAGGACUGAAAAUUACAGCCUCAUCGACAAGCUGAACAAUCUGUCAGAGAGCCAUGACAAGGUACUUGAAGAAAAUGCAAAGCUCAAGGAAGAAAAUUCAGGCCUUCGACAAAUGCUAACUGAUGCACAACUUUCUAGUACUUACAAUAGCUUGAAGGAUCUGGAGGAAGCUCAUUUCAAUGCAGAAUCUUCUUCUGACCAAUCCAUCAGUAAUUCCCAGUGAUAAAUAAUAUUAUCAUCACAAAUUUAGAAAUGAAAAAUAAAAAAGUAUAGAUGUUAAUGCUGAUGGUGGGCUACUUUAUUGUCUAACAAUGCACUGAUCUUUGUUCU